GACAGAGAGAGAGAGAGAGAGAGAGAGAGAGAGAGAGAGAGAGAGAGAGAGAGAGAAAGACACAGAGAGAGGGAGAGAGAGGGGGAGAGAGAGAGAGAGAGAGAGAGAGAACACGAGCGAGAGAGAGAGGGA